CAGCUGCGAUUUCAUGAAAGAAAAACGAAGUCAGCAACGUCGUUGCUUUCUACUGAGACUGAAAUCUGAAAGAAAAGGUCGAAGACUUUUUGGCAUUUUCACAGAACAAAAGUUCUUAAAGAAUGAUAGUGGUCCUUUACAUCUGAUUGAGUUAAGAAAAAUUGGCAUAUUUUUGUAUUCUGUACUUUCCGGAAACAGUAUGGUUGGGGUAUUGAGGCAUCCACCUGCAAUUGGGAUUUCUUCAAAUGGUUUUACUCAGCAGCCUUGUUUGUCAGUUUGGAAAGCGGGUCAAUCCAGGUAUCAGUAUUGCCCCACCCCUUGUUCCAAAUUUGGACGAAACAAAAGCUCAGUCAACAGUAUUAAGGGCCUUGAUAUGGUGCCUGUGUCCGACAGCUGGUAUACGUGCUUCAGAGCUGCAACACCCAGCAUACGGAGGUUGAGUGUACUAAUCUCUGAACAUGUAACUUGCAAGGUUGGUAGUUUUGAGCAUGACUUGGUCCGUGAUGAACAAAAGGCCUUUUCCAUUGCUAAAGAAAGCAAACAGUUGAAUGAGAGUUCUCCUGAACAGAAGGUUCCUUCUCAUGAGAGUUUGUUGGGUCGCGAGGAUUUGCUUCCUCAGGAGGCUGGAGGUUGUGCAGAAAGUUCAGGAGUUUCUGAAGGGACUGUGAAUCCGCUUCAUAGUAGGUUUCUUUACUUGGAGGAAAGGAAUGAAGAGAUGCUAUCAAGAAGGCUCUUGAAGCUUUGCAGACUAAACAAAGUUAGAAGUGCCUUUCAGUUGUACAAGUCCAUGGAAUUUUUGGGUCUUUGGCCUAAUUCUCAUGCAUGCAAUUCUAUGGUAUCCUGUCUCUUGAGGAAUGACAUGAUUGAUGAUGCCUUGAGAAUUUUUUAUUCCAUGAAGGCCAGGGGAGAGACUACUGGGCAUACUUGCAGCUUAAUUCUGAAAGCUGUUGCUGAUGCUAGGGGCUGUGAUACCGCAUUAAGCAUGUUUGAGGAAUUAGAAAGAAACAAAAAUGUGAAUAAAUCUUUUGAUGCAAUUGUUUAUAACACAAUGCUAUCAGUCUUUAGCAAAGCAAAUGAUUGGGUACAGACUGAGAAUAUUUUAGGUCAUUCAGGAACUACAGUCACCUACCGCGUGCUAGUUUGCACAUUUGUGCGUUGUGGCCUGAAUGAACUAGCAAUAGAUGCCUAUCAUGAGAUGCUUUGGAAUGGAUUGACACCUGGUGAGGAUGCAAUGCAUGCUAUUAUUGGAGCAUGUGUGAAGGAGGGGAAGUGGGAUUUGGCACUAACUGUGUUCCAGAAUAUGCUUAAAUGUGGACUGAAACCAAAUUUAAUUGCAUGUAAUGCAUUACUCAACUCCCUUGGGAAAGCUGGUAAAUUGAACCUUGCUUUCAAGGUUUAUGAUGCCAUGAAAUCUUUGGGUCAUGCACCUGAUGCAUAUACAUGCAAUGCGCUGCUUGGUGCCUUGAACAAAGUAAACCAACAUGCUGAUGCAAUUCAGCUCUUUGAAAAUAUUAGAAGGGAGCAAAUUUCUGUUCUCAGUUUACAAGUGUAUCAUACUGUUCUGAUGUCUUAUCAGAAGUUAGGGUUGUGGGAGAGAGCUUUGCAGCUGCUAUGGCAGAUGGAAGCUUCAGAAAUGCAUCUUACUAGUGCACCAUAUAACCUUGUUAUUGGUGCUUGUGAGGUUGCAAAGCAGCCAAAGGUUGCGUUGCAGAUUUAUGACCACAUGGUUCAUCAGAAAUGCUCUCCGGACAUAUUCACUCUAUUAUCACUGAUCAGAAGUUGCAUUUGGGGUUCUCUUUGGGAUAAAGUCGAGGACAUACUAAAUCAGAACCCACCAAGUGGAUAUUUGUACAAUGCUUCUGUUCAAGGGUUGUUUUUAAGAGGAAAUAUUGAUUUUGGAAUGAGACUGUACGCGAAAAUGAAAGAGUUGAAUCUCAAUGUUGAUGGAAAAACACGUGCUAUGGUGCUGCAAAACCUUUCAAAAGAUCCAAGAAGGGUAUAGGUGGUCUUCGUCUACUGUGAAGCAUAAAUUUCCAAGGUUUACCAACAGAUGUUUGAAACCAGAAUAUUGAGAGGAUAAUUUUUGUCCUGUGGAGAUAUAGUGUCGUAUGCGUUAAUCAGCAACCUGCAAAAUGUGAUCAGUUGACCAGUGAAUAUACAUGUUCAAGAGCUGCAUCAGACAGAUUACUCGAUCAAAAGAGACUAGUCAUGAGUUUUGAUUUUCUUUUUAUUAAUUUCAAUGCUCACUGUGUAUUUUCCCCUUCUUGGGGGAUGCAGCCAAUGGCCUACUCUGUCUUGGUGUGCCCUCACUCUCUGUUAUUUUUACCUUCCUUCAAUUCAUGAUUUUAGAAUGCCAAUGGAGAAUUUUAACAGCGCUU